AUGUCUCUAUUCACGAUCAUCCGUACGCAAGGCAUCAUCCUCUAUGUCAUCGUGUUUUUCGCUAGUAUCGUUCCGUUUGUCGUUUCGUGGCUGAACCUUAAUUAUGUCAUGAAUGUGUUUUUUACAUCGCCUGCAUCAAGCUACGCAGUGAUUCCAGCAUUCACCGCGCCUCAGAGUACAAGCCAUAGAACUCUUGUGAGAGGUCCGCCAGAAGGUACUCCUACGAGGGAGGAUAAACCAAACUUUUUCGAUUUGGUCGAGGAGAUGAUGGUGUUGGAUUCGCUGGGGUGGAGUACUUACUACUGCGUUGCAAGUCUUGUGCGAAUCGCCACUUUGUCCGAGUGA